AAUUAUUUAUGAAUCUAUACAAUACGGUAAUUAAUUAAUUAUCUACUAUCUACCAAUACGGACUAAAAUCAACUACCUGCUGCUCCCGGAUUCCCGCUCCCCUCCCAUCCGCCUUCGUUCGGCCAUCUCCACCUUUUUUUUCAAUCUGCCCGUGGGGAUUUGCUCCCUUUUUUCCUUUUUCUUGCGCCCCCCUCUCUGUCCUGCCUCUCUCUCUUCCUCCAUAUCCUCUGAUUCUUUUCUCUUCUUCUUCUGGUUCUGACCAUCUCCCCUCCAGUACUCGUGUGGAGUCGUUGUGAACCAUCAUGGCUGCUUCCGCCCUUCUGAAGAGCCGUGUCCAGCGGGCUUCGUUCCUGAACAAGCUGGCCAAGCCCGAGGACCUCAUCGACCUCUUCCCCAAUGGCACCUAUAUCGGCUGGUCCGGUUUCACGGGUGUGGGAUAUCCCAAGAAGGUUCCCACUGCUCUCGCCGACCAUGUCGAGAAGAACAACCUCCAGGGUCAGCUCAAGUACAACCUCUUCGUCGGUGCCUCCUCCGGCGCGGAGACUGAGAACCGAUGGGCCAAGCUCAACAUGAUUGAGCGCCGUAGCCCUCACCAGGUCGGCAAGGAGAUUGCCCGCGGUAUCAACAACGGUAACAUCAAGUUCUUCGACAAGCAUCUGAGCAUGUUCCCCUCGGACCUGGUCUAUGGCUGGUACACCAAGGACAAGCCUGGCAACAAGCUCGAUGUGGCCAUCAUUGAGGCUUCUGCCAUUACCGCCGAUGGUGGUAUCGUUCCCGGAGCGUCCGUGGGUGCCUCUCCCGAGCUCAUCCAGAUGGCCGAAAAGGUCAUUAUCGAGGUGAACACGGCCAGCCCGUCGUUCGAGGGUCUGCACGACAUCACCAUGUCGGAUCUCCCCCCCGGCCGCAAGCCCUACUUGAUCAUGGCUCCGGAGGACCGUAUCGGUACCCCCUACAUCCCCGUCGACCCCGAGAAGGUCGUCGCCAUUGUCGAGUCCGACUACCCCGACAUGACCUCUCCCGUCGCUCCCGAGGACGAGGUCUCCCAGGGUAUUGCCAGCAACCUGAUCGAGUUCCUGCAGCACGAGGUCCAGCACGGCCGUCUGCCCAAGAACCUGCUGCCCAUCCAGUCCGGCAUUGGUAACAUUGCCAACGCCGUCAUUGGCGGUCUGAGCAAGGGCGGUGCCAACUUCAGCAACCUGAAGGUCUGGACUGAGGUGCUCCAGGACUCUUUCCUGGACCUCUUCGACAGCGGCAACCUGGACUUCGCCACGGCCACCUCCAUCCGUUUCUCCCCCGACGGAUUCAAGCGUUUCUACGACAACUGGGAGCGCUACGCCGGCAAGCUGCUCCUCCGAUCCCAGCAGGUCUCCAACUCGCCUGAGAUCAUCCGUCGUCUGGGUGUCAUCGGUAUGAACACUCCCGUCGAGGUCGACAUCUAUGCCCACGCCAACAGCACCUGUGUCAUGGGUUCGCGUAUGCUGAACGGUCUCGGUGGUUCCGCCGACUUCCUCCGUAACUCCAAGUACAGUAUCAUGCACACUCCCUCCGUGAGACCCAGCAAGACCGACCCCACUGGUGUCUCCUGCAUCGUCCCCAUGGCUACCCACGUUGACCAGACUGAGCACGACCUCGAUGUUAUCGUCACUGAGCAGGGUCUGGCUGAUGUCCGUGGUCUUUCUCCUCGUGAGCGUGCCCGCGUCAUCAUCAAGAAGUGCGCCCACCCCGACUACCAGCCCAUCCUGACCGACUACUUCGACCGGGCCGAGUUCGAGUGCUUGAAGAAGGGUAUGGGUCACGAGCCCCACAUGCUCUUCCAGGCCUUCAAGAUGCACCAGAACCUGGCAGAGAAGGGAUCCAUGAAGAUCACCUCCUGGGAGUAAAGUCUUGGCUGGGUUUUGGUUCUAGUUCUGGGAAAGCGAGUGCAUGAGUUUGGGCAUGUA